UCCCUCUGCCGUAAUUCUCCAACUUGAUGUGAUGCGAUGAGCGUUUUGUAAAUCAUUUUUUUUACUUAAAUUGUAGCAGUAUCCAUUCCCCAUAAAUUCUCAUUUUUUUUAAUAUCUUUAAUUCUAUUUUUGGGAGAGCUGGGCUAUAGAGAGACAGGAAAAGAGAUAGUGAAUAAUAAUAUAUAUAUAUACAUACAAAGCAAUACAAAAUUUUAAAAUAAAAUCUAAAACUAAUACCGUCGGUUAUUGGGAGCCAUGUCCGAGUUACGGGCCUAUACAUCAACUACAAAGAGACGUCAAGCGUGUGAUUGGUGCCAUCAAGUGAAACAAGAAUGUUCUAAAGAAGAACCUUGUGCUCGAUGUAAAAAAAAUAAUGUACCAUGUACAUAUGUUCGACCUCAGAAACCUAUGGGUCGACCAAGGACUAGGACCGAUGGGAAUGUUAAAAACUCGAAGAACAUACUACAAUCCACAAAAGUCACAUACAGCAAUCAAGGUUGCAGUAAUUGUAAGAAAUUAAAGAGAAAGUGUGAUGAAAUCUGGCCAACAUGUGGACACUGUGCCAGAAACAAUAUGAGUUGUUCUGGAUCAAUAACAAGAGUGUCGAAACCUGCGAAGAAGUUUUGCAACGUGGGGUCAGAAGAGAUUGCCUCCCGGAGUAAACGGCAGAAGUCUCGGACAAAUUCCACAACUACAAAACCCGAUCUGGAGUUAGACUCGUUUAUGAAACUUGAUUAUCCAAACUAUAAUGAUAUAAAGGGUCCUUAUGACACUGGAGCACCCACUAACAUCAACUCUAAUGUUUCUGUAGGAAGCCCCGGGCUGGUCCUGGGAGUGGGCGUGGGUAUGGGGUUUGGUGUAGGUAUGGGUGUUGGGAGCUUCCAAUUUGGAUCAAAUGAUCUCGGGAGUCUGGUAAAUGAUUUGACGCCACUACUCUCACUGGCUCUGAAGUUUAAUUAUAGAGAAAGGUUAUUCUUAAACUCACUCAUUGGUAAUUCACCUUCGCAGGACAUUGGUUUGAAUUAUGAAGGUACUACACCUAAAAAUGACACUCCAAAUAAUUCUACAAGAGUCAACUUAACCACAUCGCCAUCACAAAGUGUGGUCUCAGAUGCAUCAAGUGAAUUCAUGGGUGAUGCACGAUAUGAAGUAGAAAAGGCCAGGAUAAUAUCAUUAUGUGACUUUGCCGGGUUGGGCAAGAGACAACAUGAUCUACUCUGUUAUUUUGUCAAAGACGUUUCACCAUUACUAUUUGUCGAUAAGACUGCAACUCAUUUCUUACAAACUGUUGUACCGUUGUGUCUUCAGGAUAACCGGAUUCAAUAUCCGGUUCUAGCUAUGGCUGCUGCACAUCGUGCCAAAUGUGGCUCUGGCAAUAUUGAUCAAGUAAGGGAUGCUUUUUUCUAUCGAGCCCGUGCACAAGGUGUAUUUGCUGGUAUAAACACUGACUAUUUCACUUCCGAUAACGUGUUGUGGGGAUUGUUAUUAACUGCGAUAUUGGAGAUCCUUGAAGGAACCUCACUUUAUUGGGAUGUUGCAUUAGAGAAGUUGGCCGAAAUAGUAAACGGAAGGGGUGGUAUCGAAUUCGUUUCUGAAUCGUCUCCCUUAGCUGCACAAUUAUUCUGUUAUCUUGAUUUGAUUAGUUCUCUAAGUACUUGUUCUUCACCACACAUAGAAUCGAAAGAAAAAAUGAACACGGUAAGCUCGCAAGAUGGCUCACCUUAUGAGAAUGUGUUCCAAGAACCUGAAGCUUCACCAAGGACUUUCAAAGUUGAUUAUGAUCAGAAGUAUGUGACUAGACUUUUAAACAGUAAAUUUGGAUUUAAAUUUGGUAUUGCCGGUGAAAUAUUCAGCAUAAUUGGUAACAUAUCAACUUUGGCAAGUCUAAGAAACACUCGUUUAUUAUCCAAGACACAUGAACAAGAAUUUAAUACAUUGUCGAAUAUGAUAGAAAUGCGUCUUCAACAAUGGUCACCUCCCCUUGAUACUAUUGCCUCAAUGUAUCUGUUUGAUGAAUCUGUGACUUCCGGAAGGUUACAAAUAUCCUCAUACACAUUGGCAUUGCAAUGGGCAGCAUUUCUACGUCUUAAUCAAGUUCGCUUUGGAUACAAUCGUAAAGAUUCAAGAGUUCAAGCUGGUCUUCGAAUUAUUCUUCAAUCUAUAUCUGUGAUUGAUAAAGGUGUCGAACUUGAAACUGGUUUACUAUUCCCGUUAGUGAUGGCUGGGUCCGUUGCAUACGCGAAUACUGACCAGGAUUAUAUCCUUGAAAGAUUACGAUCAAUACGAGAUCGUCUCAAAUUCAAUUACAUAGAUGAGUUCGAAAAGCUCUUACUUCAAGUAUGGACUGACGAUGAAGGUGAUUCUGUCAACUGGGCAAAAAUCCGAUUCUAUCAAUUUCCAGGUUUAGUUAUGUUUUAAACGGAAUGUAUUAACGAAACUGGAUCGCACACAGGUUCUAGAAUUUCAUCAUUACAUAAUAUUUCUUCUGUAUUUAUAGAAAUAUAUAUAUAGAUAGAUAGCUAUAUAUAGAA